AUGUUAGCCACGUUUGUGGACCUCGACGUCCACGGUGUAAUGGAUGCCGCGACGUCCAUCGACACCCACCCCUUCCACGCGCCCAAAGGCAAGACCGCGAUAGGGAACGAGAUCAUCACCGCCCUCUAUACAGCACCCCCUCACAGGGAGGGAGCGCCGCUUUCCUUGCGGAAAGUGCGAGGGCAACCAGAGUUCUUCACUCUAGGAUGGAAAGAGCGGGUUCGGAACGGGAAAGAUGCCUGGGAAGAUGUUGGUGAAUCAGGCAUCAAGACGUCGGAAAACUUCUCUUCUUCAUAUACCGAUCUAAUGCUGCGAGAAGCUCUCAGUCCCAAGGUAGAUAAAUCACAUCGUGAAACCCCGGGUACAUCUCUGAAGCUGUGGCACAUGGCUGAGUGUCGAGAUGUUUCUCGAGAGACAAAGGUUGAACAGAUUGAUGGAGGCAUGCAACGGCUGUGA